GGCAGAGGGCAACUCUCAAUUUGAAAGCAAUCAGCAUUACACAUCCCUACUUUCUAUCCAUCUAUCAUGUCCGAUUCGCCCACUUCACCCAAUGGCAUUAUCGAAAUCUUGGCCAUAAUCGUGGACUCAGCGACCCUGCUUAAAAAGACUAUAGACACUAUACAGGAAAUCAUCCCUGGGGCAGACGAUGAUCUCAAGGAAAAGUUCCACUGGAUCAACUGCUCCCUCAAGAAUGCCACCCAAUUCCACUACUCAGUUAAAGCACCGGGAGGCGAUGGACCGUUCUCUUCAACGACGUUCUCUUGCUGCAAUGGUGAUGGUGCCGUCACAGGCGCGACAGGGGGCAUAGCGUUCAGUCUGUGGCUUGACUCUAAACAUUCAUUCGACUUCGCAGUGGGCUGGACGGACCCGCUCUUAGGGUCAAUGAAAGCUGGAGUCGUAGAAUCCGCUGUUGCUGAGGCUGGCUACAAUGCGGCCUCCAGAGAAGGAGGGCAUAUUCGGUCCAAGAGCUCCUAUAUGUGA